UGUCAUCACAUCUGCACUUUGCCUUGCUCUCCUCCAUUUCGAGUGUCUGAUCCUGCUCUUGUCUCCUGUCCUAUUCUGCCUCGGGCCCAUAGGCCCUUUUCUUAUCUCUCUGGCCGACCGAUUUCGCUCGGUUUCAGCCCCAGCGUACUUUUACUGUAUGAGUCCCUUCUUUCUGUUGCCUUCAAAUCGAUCUCGUGUCCAGUCCCGUUGAUAAACUUCAGGAAAUCUUCCAACUUUUCUUUUCCAUGCGGCUAUAUUGCAAACCUUGAUCUUCUAGAUCGCUUAGAGCCGCCCACCGCCACUAUAGGUUAUUGCUUGUCUCUAGCCUUACUUUCAAUUUUUGAAGUUGUCACUUCGCUUCGGACCAUUCUUAGAGAGUCUUUGUCUAAAGAAGGUUCCUCUCUUGUGAAAAUUGAAUCUUCGCCUUCCGAUUCUAAAAAUCGCUCUUUGGAAUUCACAAAUUUGGACAAAGUCGCCCUUUCCUCGAUACCCGCCUAUAUGGAAUCCUCUAAUCCGGCUCAUUCUGGAGGCGGGUGCUCUGCCGUCAAAGAUGUGACUACUCUCAUCGAACUUUCCUGGUCUGGUCUGCUCUCUGCCAUUUCUUUUCUCAUUGAAGCAAGGUGA